AUGUUUUGGUUUUUAUUCUCGAAUUCAGUGUCUCAACAGUAUUCAUUUUCAGAUAACAUUCUUACUUCUGUUACACUCAAAAAUGGUGAUACUAUUUUGAUAAAUGCUACAGAUAAAAACGCUUUUCUUCAUAUUUCACCACAUUUUUUCUUCGGCGAAUUAACUAUAACAGCAUCUUCAGACGUAGAUAACACAACCAUUAAAGCUCAAGCAAGUCAAAGACUCCAAUUUAAAUAUUCUACUAUUGAAAUUGUUUAUUCUUCUUCUCCAGCACUUUGCAAGGUCGAUAUUUUCUUAACAAAUAUACAAACUUGCAACGAGAAAACGAUACAUGUUCGUGGAGCUAAAAGUACAACAAUAUCUGCAGAUCAUCUCGUUGUCGAUUAUAAUUUAUGCUAUUGGUUUGAUUUUCUUACAAAUUCAUCAUACUCAUUCGAUAUCGAUCACUCCAAUUCCACAUUCCCUACGGUAUUUUAUAAGAAUUCUCAAGAUAAUUUUGUUCAAGAAAAAUAUGACGAAUUAUCUGUUUCCACCCUACCAAAUAUGUUCAUUUUAAGGCUUCCUGCAGGAAAAUACAACAUUUCUCAGAUGUCAUUCUCAAUUAGUCGUUCAUUUGGCGAUUGGACCGACCAAAGCUCUACAUUUGAUUGCUGGCCACAAGACCACUGCGGAUCUGUUAAGAAUCUAUUUUAUUUGACUGAAAGCAGGGGUGUUUCAUGGCUAAUUUGGACAACUUUGAUUUUAGGCCUUUCUAUUCCAGCAAUUAUCAUUUUAUUCUGCAUGUUCUCUAAGCCUGCAGAAGUAAUAUUGACUGGAGCAUCAGCACAGCCUUUAGUUACUGCAAAAUAA